AUGUCACGCGCCUCGGCCGGCUUCGCAGACUUCUUCCCAACGGCUCCUUCGGUUCUGCAGCGUAAGCGCGUCAAGGCAGGACAUGACCGGCGAGACAGAGAUGUGGAUGGUGACCCUACCGACACGACCGCUUUACCGGCGCUCGCCGCAUCCUCUAUAUCCACAUCCACCUCUUCGGCCGCUCCGGCCGCUACGACUUCGCUGGAACCUGCUAAGGAGGAAGUGAAUGUUCAAACAGAGUCAGAGCCAAGCGCGACCAACUCCGAACAUGCAUUGCCUCAAGAAUCUCACCUCGCGGGUCUUCUCCCAGCCUCGGCGACCACCCAUCCCCACAUUGAUACCUUGACACCCCUCACAAAUGCAGAAUCAUCCCCGCCUCGGAAAGCCAUGAGCCCGCAGUCGAAAACGGCGGCAGAGAGAUCGCCAGACAAUCAUGGCGAUCGCUCAUUAGAACCCUCCAAAUCGUCCAUGACCCCGAUUCACACCCCGCCCACUCCGCAAUCACAGACUCGCCCAGAUCAUGUGGUCAAGGAGCGAAAAAGGAAACCUGAAUAUUCCGAUAUCCUCGUCAAUGGCCAAGCCAGACCCCCAGACCCGCGCCUCGCCAUCGCCAACUACACCCGUGGCUCGGGUUGCAAGCAAAAAUCCAAAUACCGUCCUGCCCCUUACUACCUCAAGCCUUGGCCGUAUGAUGCAGCAACAAGCAUUGGACCGGGUCCGCCGAUUCAGGUCGUUGUCACUGGCUUCGAUCCCCUCACACCAGUCGCUCCGAUCAGUGCGCUCUUCUCCAGCUUCGGUGAUAUCGCGGAGAUGAAGAACCGCACUGAUCCAAUCACGGGUCGAUUCCUCGGGAUUUGUUCCAUCAAAUAUAAAGAUGCAACUUCUUUUCGUGGGGCGGGACCGGUUUCGGCCUCGAGUUCUGCGAGGCGGGCAUAUUUUGAAUGCAAGAAGGAACAACGGAUCGGCACUAGGAGGAUCCGCGUUGAACUAGAUCGCGAUGGGAUUGUCUCCGAGCGUAUGGCUUCGAAAACCAUCGAGUCACAGAGGCUAGCUUCCAGAAGCGCAUCAGCCACAGUGGAUGCCAAAGUCGAAGCCCAGGCGAAAAAGAACGAACCGCCACCUACCGCGCCUAAGGGUCCUUCGGGAAAGUCUUCCCUACGUCCUGGACUUGUUGUGCCGGAAGGACCAAGAGCCACUGUUCGAUCUCCUGUGGUACAGCAAUCGCUCAUCGAGGAAACCCCGGUGUUGGGUCAACUUAAACGGGAACCCUACAUCUUCAUCGCUCACUGCUAUGUUCCUGUCCUCGGAACCACGAUUCCACACCUUAAGAAACGUCUCAAAUUCUUCGACUACAAAGUGAUUCGCUGUGACAAAACUGGCUAUUAUAUUAUUUUUGACAAUUCACGGAGGGGUGAGGAAGAAGCAUCACGCUGCUUCCGGCUGUGUCAUAUGCAGCCACUCUUCACCUACAUUAUGAACAUGGAAAGUCGAGUCUUGGGCAACCCCAACUACGUGCGCAGCCCAAGCCCCGAGCGAGUCCGGGCUGAGCAAAAGGCCAAGGCCAAACAAGACCGUGCCCGAAAAGAGGCCGAGUUGGAUAUUGAAGAAGAGAAAAAGCAGCGUGCAUUCGACUUGGACCCCUGUCGAGAAGUCCUUUCCAUCAUCAUCCGUGAUCUGAGAGACAAAUUGCUCGAAGAUGUCAAAUCACGGAUCGCUGCACCAACAUUGUACGAUUAUCUUGAUCCAGAAAAGCAUGCUUCAAGGCGAGAGAAGCUGGGAAUAUCCGGGCCCGAAGGCACCAAACGUCCCAUGUUCCGCAUUGGGGCUGGUGAUACUACACUUGGUGGCCAGGACUCUGGGUCUGAAAUUUCAAAAUCCCGAGAUCAACAUCGAUCAUCUGGAAUUAAUGUCCUUGAUCUUCCGCGCAUUCGCAAAUCCCAUGGCCUGGACCGGGCGGGGACUGCCUUUGUCGAUGAGCGAAGGCGACAACCUCUGCGAAAGAGAGAAAUCCGCCCCCUUUACCAUCGUCUACAACAGCUGCAUGAUGAUGAGGAUUCCGAUGAUGAUCAGCGCACGCCUCUCACUGGAUAUACCGAGGAGAGGAGUAGUCGGCCCCCAAGUCGAGCAAGCUCUGAUGACGAUUCUGAGACUGACCAAGAGGAGGAAUACCAAUCCGAUGCUUCAAAAAAUGUUGCCCCUACGGAAGAUACUUCUCUUCCUGAUGUCGAAACGCUCUCCCCUGGACGCAAAAGGAAACGAUUGACUGACGAACACGAUGUAAGAAAACGUCAAAGACAAGAUGACGAGCUAUUCGGUAUGGAGUCAGCGGAUGAUGCGCUUCCCGGCAAACAUCUUGAAGCUGCCCCGUCCAUCGAUUCCUCACUUGCUCGGGAUGAGGCUGCGUCAUAUGAUUCUCGUGACCAAUUGCCACAGGAUGAGCUUGCCGACCGGGCGUCUGUUAAGGACAUUUUGCUUGAUGACGUGUUCGUUGAAGAAGCCACGGCUAUCAAUAUACCGAAGGCGGAGGUGCAGUGGGGAGUUUCCCAAGAUGAGCCACGCGCUACCGUUGAAGAUGACGAGACAAUCAUCUUAGAUUUGGAUGGCUGGCAGCACCUGGUGAAAGACGACGAAGAUCUCCGUUUCCUCCGACAAAUCCUGCUCGACCAACCCUCAUCCCAGAUCGAAAGCCUGGCAGCAUGGGCCUGGCGACAGAAAGAGAUCAAGGCCCUCAACCACCUCGGCGCAAGCGGUCCGAUACACAGUUCGAUCGGCAUUGCGGGAUACUACGUGCCUAACAGCACAGGCGCCGCCAGAACCGAAGGACGGAAAAGAAUCCUCAACUCGGAGAAAUCGAAAUACCUUCCCCACCGCAUCAAGGUUCAAAAAGCUCGCGAAGAACGCGAAGCAAUGGCCAAAGCCGAUGCCAAAGCCGAUCCCCAAGCCGCUGCAGCCGAAGCUGCCAGGAUCGCGGCAGCAAAGACGAUUUCCAAAUCGACUUCACGAUCAACCCGAGUCAACAAUCGCCGACUCAUUGCCGACAUCAAUGCUCAGAAGCAGGCACUUCCCACAUCGAGUGGUGAAGGCGACGUUCUUCGCUUCAACCAGCUUAAGAAACGGAAGAAGCCCGUUCGAUUCGCACGCUCUGCUAUUCAUAACUGGGGACUUUACGCGGAGGAGAAUAUCACCGCGAAUGACAUGAUUAUCGAGUAUGUUGGUGAAAAGGUUCGACAGCAGGUUGCCGAUAUGAGAGAACGACGAUAUCUCAAGAGUGGAAUUGGUAGCAGUUAUCUGUUCCGAAUUGAUGAGAAUACGGUGAUUGAUGCUACGAAGCGAGGUGGAAUUGCGCGAUUCAUCAAUCAUAGCUGCACGCCCAAUUGUACCGCCAAGAUUAUCAAGGUCGAUGGCAGUAAACGUAUUGUGAUUUACGCGCUCAGGGACAUCGAAAGAGAUGAGGAGCUCACAUACGAUUACAAGUUCGAAAGGGAGUGGGGUAGUGAUGAUCGUAUCCCGUGUUUAUGUGGUUCAACUGGCUGCAAAGGAUUCCUCAACUAG